UUGACAGUUUGUAAAUAAAGAACAUUUUCGGGUGUUACGGCUUUUUGGAUCUAAAUUUAAAAUGGCAACUGCACCAAAGCAUUAUGAUAUUGAUUUAAAAGUUUUGCAAAUAGCGACAGCACUUUGUUGUAUUUCUGGCCUUUUACUGUCUAUCUACGCUUAUCAUGUGGAAGUUAAAAAAGAAGAGGAUGCAAAUUAUACUGCAAUGUGUGAUAUUUCGGAACAUAUGAGUUGCACCGCUGCCUUCUCUUCUCAGUAUGGCAAAGGAUUCGGCUUCAUGGAGCAUAUUGUUGGAAAAGAUUCCAUCCUCAACCAACCCAACAGUGUAUACGGGAUCAUUUUCUACUUGAUUUUUAUGCCACUAGCCGAGAUUCCCAACCUGACAUUAUCGAAGAUCAUGAUUUUGCUGGCAGUAUUAUCCAACAUAUGCUCUAUUUACCUUGCAUACAUACUAAUAUAUAUUUUAUAUGAUUUCUGCAUUGUCUGUGUUUCAACAUAUAUUGUCAACUUUGUCUUAUUAAUUUGCAGUCUAUUUCGAUAUACUUUUCAUUCUAAAAGAAUGAAGCUAUAUGCUUCUAAAAAGAUUUCCUAAAUAUAUUCUUCCAUUCCAUGCAGUUGCUUUUUGAAUGAUCAGAAAGUUACAUUUUAUUGAUUUCCUGUUAUAUAUUUUUCUGACGAAAUUCAUCUUUAAUCAAAUGAUAUAUUUAUAUGGACAUGUUCCUGUUUUGUAAAUUUCUUUUGCAUUGCAUCAAUGUUUUGUAAUUUAUAUUUUAUAAAUAAAAAUUUUAUGGCAGUAAUAAUCUUGAA